AUAUACAGCCACAACAUGACAUCCAUAACUGAAGAAAAUGUGUCUGCAAUAUUAUCCCUCUGUUGUCCCCCUCCUCUUCUAAAACAUACACUGGAAGCCAUCUUUAUUCUCCUUGGAUACUCUUUUACUGAUGCCAGGAACUGGAAAUUUAUCAGGGAGCAGCUAUCGCAACCUACCUCAGCUCCAGAUUCAUUUUUGAACCAGUUAAAGGAGUUUCAGGCCGAUAAAUGUGAUCCAUCCUCAGCUAGGAAAGUCAAGGCUCUGCUUAGUGUUGUCACGGUAGAUUCGGCCAAACAAGUCAGUGUUACAGCAGCACAACUAGCGGAUUGGGCAAUAAACGCAUUAGAGGACUGCAAAGCAGCAGGAAAACUCCAAGACUCUUCUUCUUAGCAGCAUAUGGGAGGUAGUGUCCGGAAAAUAUGGCAAUAAAACAUUUUCGUUGGACUUCCUAAUGUUGCUAGAACUACAAUGUAUAUCUUAACCAAUAAAAUGAUGAAUGUU